AUGCUAGAUCCGUCAGCAAGAUUAAGAAAUGCCGUGAUAGCCGGUAAUCUUGCCAUAGUCAAACGAAUACUAUCACGAUUCCCUGAAUUGUGGCUCAAUGCCGACCCGAAUCAUCAAGGUUGGUCCAAUCUACAUUACGCAUCUUAUCAUGGUCAUUACUUGAUAUGUUUCCAUCUAAUCACAUUCAUCAAUAAAACAUUGGGGAACCUACAGAACGAAUAUACUACGUUGGAUCUUUUAACAUUUGAUAAUUUGAAUGUCUUACAUUUAUGUAUGGAGCAUCAUCAUUCACAAACUUUGCACUAUCUAUUACAAGAGUUUCCUGGGAAAUUGUGGCUCAAUUCUAUGGGUGGAGAACACAACCAGUCGCCAUUGCAUUAUAGUUGUAAAUACAACUUUAAGGAGGGAACCAAUUUGUUGUUGGAAUUUGGCGCCAACUACAAAUUAGCGGAUGGGAACGGAGACACCUGCCUACAUUUGUGUUUCCAGUAUGGAAGUCUAGAUUGCUUAUGCGCUAUUGCCAGCUACAUCAUUUCACAAUCAAAGGACAAAGACUCGGCAAAGGAAGCCUUAGAUGCCCUUGAAAAAGUGAAAAAUACAAAUGGGUGGAUUGCAAAGGAUUUUGCCUCCAGUUUUGAAUUAAUUCAACAAUAUGAAGUAGUAAAGAGUCGAAGCUUAGCCAAUUACAGCUUCAUUACGCCACAACAAACAAAGCGUCAACUCUGGUUGGAUGCUGAAAAAGCCAAUAGCUCAUCACGCGUUUCACUUGAAGAGAAUAAGGUGUUGACGAGUCCAAUUGUUCUGAUGUCUUUGCAAAAUCAAAAUCUGCCAUUACCUGCGAGACCUCAAAAUCGAAGGCAGCAUUCACGAUCCUUACCUAUAGAGCAAAAAGCCACUUCUUUCAGCCAUGACUCAAUACAGGAUACUUCAAGACAAAGAUCCAACACAUUACUUAACAACAAACCUACGCCACUUAGCAUUUCCAGUAAAUCUUCACAUACCUCGCUACAUGGCAACUCGCUAGCGCUGAUUCAUGGAAUGGUUGCUCCACUAACCCCAUUGAAUCCACCAAAAACCCCAUCCAUCAAGUCGGUCACUAUAUCACCAGUGGGAGCUGAUCCUGUGAAUGCAAGUAUCGAAAAAGAAAUGGAGUUGGACUCUCCACAAUCGGUGUCUAGUGGCUCAUCUUAUUUUGCACAAUCUAGUGAUCAUCACCACAACAGUAAUACCAAAGCACGCAAAUCUUCAGUAUCCAAAGCAACGACAUUGCCUUCAAUUAGCUCCCCUACGGUAACAUCAUAUGCAGAGGUUAUAUCUCCGCAAAUCCCAAAUACUCAGCACCUGCAACUGCAACCCCAGCCGCAACCGCACGAACCUAAAACAAGCCGUACUUCGUCAUCCUCAUCAAUUGCCGCUAAAGUUGCAUUCAAUUCAAGCCGAUCAUCAUUACACAAUGUCUCUGAUACCAGCCCCAUCAAGACAAGACCAAGAUCUUCUUCGCGACAACAUUCCAAUCUCAGCAAUAGUCGAGUCAACAGCUUCAAUAGUACAUCAAGCACAAGCAGUGCAACCUCUAGCAUCCCUCCUCAGGGUGGUUAUUCUAUCUCAAAUAGUUCCGGUUCAAGUUUUGAAACUGUGCAUCGAACCAAAGAUGGUGAUGAAAAUAGUGAAACAAAUACAGGAGCCUCAAAAUCGAGCAUCAAUGAUUUUGUGUUGAGGAAAUCAAGGUCGUCUGGUACGUUACCUUCGGGGGCUGUCCCUAAAAAUGGUGCGCAUCAUGUAUUUGUGAAUCCUGCCGCCAAUACAAGUCUUCAUUCAUUGAAUAGCAACAAUGAUUAUGAUAAAAAGGCAUCAAUUAGUAGCAUCACAUUUAGUCGUGUUAGAUAG